AUGCUGGUCGAUAUUCCAUCUGGAGCUGUCACCAGCAGUAUGAAGUGUUUCAAGGGACUGCUUGUUUUGUGUUUCACCAUCGGUGUUUCACACGGAUACCGACAUUACCAAGACGACCUACCCAACGGCGACGCAGUGCCUCAUCCUUGCAAGUCAAACUUCUUGUGGCGGGGCUUGGGGCACACGAACCCUCAGGGAGGGGGGAGCAGGAAUCCAUUUGGUCUCGAUUUCCAGGAAGUGGAAGAGUGGAGUAAAGAGCUGUGUCAGAAGGACUCCGAUGGCGAUGGACUGACCAAUGGUCAAGAGUUAGGAGAUCCUGAUUGUGUGUGGAAUCCCGGUCAGUUCCCACAGAGGACCAGUAACAUCACGCAUCCAGGUAUUUGUGACCCCUGGGGAAGCCCUCAGUGCACGGCCAAGAACGACUGGGUGUCUUGUACAGCGGGCGAGUUUGUAUGCAACGCCACAAAAGAACCUGAGGUGAGGAGCUUCACUCUGAGAUAUCCUCCCACGAGGGUGCCUCCGACGGAGACCAACUACUACUGCAUGACCUUCAACGUCAGCGACUACAUCGACAUGUCACAGGACUACCACCUGAUUGCCACUAAGCCAGAAAUCAACAACUCCAACGUCAUGCACCACAUCGUCUUGUUUGGAUGCAACGACGACGCGGUCAUGUCAGACCAUGCCACGCCGUGUUACAUGUCCCAGAAAGGAUGUUCACAAUUUCUUGGCCUGUGGACCCUGGGUCUUGAUGGAACUUGCGAAUACGAAGAGGCCGGAUAUCGAAUAGGUCGCACUGGCUCAAAGAAGAUGGUCAUGCAGUUCCAUUGGACCAAUCCCGAGCUGAGAAGUGACUAUGUUGACAGUUCUGGAAUGACCAUAUAUUACACGCCGAAACAGAGAAAGUACAAUGCCGGAUUCCUACUUACUGGUCAAAUGUAUCUGGAGAUUCCCCCAGGUGUCAAGCGGUCUACCUUUGAGUCCACCUGCACAGAAGAGUGCACCAACAAACUGAUGAAGGGCAAUAUCUACAUAACAUCGGGCCUCAGCCAUAUGCAUUAUCUAGGGUACAAAGAGGAGGUCGAGUUGAUCCGAAAUGGUGAAAUGGUGACGAAUGUGAUCGAUGACGCCAAGUAUUCCUAUGACAGCCCCCAGUUGAAAAUGUACUCCACCCCCAUUGAGAUGAGACAGGGUGACAGUUUGAAGACCACGUGCAUCUACCGAUCUCUGUCCAAGACCCGCACGACCAUGUACGGAGAUGGAUCCUACGAUGAGAUGUGCUUUGGCCUCUUCUCCUACUUCCCGGAAGAAAACAUGACCGGAAGCUGCAUUACAUGGAAGAACGUGGAUUUCUGUAAAUUCUCGGAUGACGAAAUUGACGGAUGUAACAGCCGAACCUUUAGAAACCUAUCCAGUCCUGAAAUGCGAGUGAUCGUGAAUGAGGUGAUGGGCAGCUGUAACCACUACGGCCCCUGCAGACUGGAAUGUCCAGCUGUUCUUGAACAAGUCAACAAACACCCUUGCCUGCAGGGCCAGCUUGGGGAAUACUUGUUGCAUGAUUUCGCUGACGGACGAGAUCCCGAUAAGAUUAAGUUUGCGCAUGCGCUGAGGUCAUGUGACGGGGAAGCCGACCCAGUGGACACACCGUAUCCGUUUUCAGGUGCACGUGCAGCAUCUUCCGUAGUCGCAACCUUAAUCGUAGCAAUCGUAAUUGCCUCAGUACUGUAGGUUUGUCAGGUAUCUGCUGCUGCUGAUUUUGGAUCUUAAAUUACUUCAACUCUUAAAUGCUUCCUGAGUAUCUCAAGGGCGAUGGGGGUAGUCUAGUGGAUAACACGUUCGCUCGUCACGCCAGAGACCAGGGUUUUAUUC